GUAAGCUUAUAAUUAUGUUAAAUGUUCUAGUAUUUCAGCAAAAGUCGACAACACAUCGUUUCAUAGAAGUAAUGACUGAAUUAAGGUGAAAAUACACAUUUUUAACAUAACAACUGGUGUAGGGUAUCAUACUGUCGGCCAUGCCCGAAUAUUCAAUCAUACUUGUUUGUUUUUUUUUACUAGACCAAAGCAAAUUUAAGUUCCUCAUGCAUUUUUAAUCAAGUUUUGAUUAAUUCUUUUAUAUAAUUUUUUCAUUAAACAUCAGAAAUUUCUCAAUUUUAUUAAUUUUUAUAUAGAAAAUAAAUUUUUAAAUCCAAAAACAGUUAUUAAUUUUAUUUCAAAUAACAAUAAAUAAUGGCGCAAAAUUUCCUGUUCAUGUUUGAAUUUGUGGUCGAUGAUCUGAUCGUUACAAAACCAAACUAUUGCGCUCCCGAAGAAUUUCCCACAUGCUGUGAAGUAUCAUUUCGCAAUAGUGUAUUUGUAUCGAUCUGUGAUCGUGAAUUUGGCCAAUGUCUAGAUCCUUGCAUGCCCAAAUGUGGCAAAAGUUGUUUAUUCUCAUUGGAAACUCCUAUUAGUGACAGCGACAAAUUGCAUGUGCACAUCUACAAAAAGAAAACGGAACAGUGUAAGUUUUUAAUUGGCUGUACGGAUUUGCCCAUUAAAGGUGUUUUCGAUAAGGUUAUGGAAAAUUUCAACAUUGAGAAUCCUAAUUGGCAGGAUGUAAGUGCUAAGCACGUAAAGACACUACCUAAUCCUAAGGAAACGAAAAAAUCUACCGAAAUAGUAGACAAUGAUUGUGAUUCCUAUGAGGAGGGACGCCGAGAACAAUUAUGUCCCACUUCGGAACUGACCAAACAACUAUUGCCUCUGUUUAACUUGAAAGGUUGCCAAACGGGCAAUGUAGUUUUACUUAUACGUCUAGUGGCCAUUGGUCCAGCCAUAGUUUCCUCAUUUACAUUUUCUCGCAUCUGCAAUGCGGGUUGUGAUAAGAAAGCUCCGAGUUGUGGACCCAUGAUAAGACCCAGUGGUAAUGGUAAAGAAGCUUGUGAUGCUACCUGUAGUCGUGCUGUUGGCGGCAUGGAAAAUGAUAACGUACGAAAUAGAGGAGGACACGGAAAUGAAAAUCCGAGUGUUAGCAAACAGAAUAAACCUAAUAAUGGUUGUGUACCUUUAAGAGAUCCGUGUCAUAGGGAAAUUAAGAAACCCAUAUGUCAGCGUUAUUUUGCCUGUAAUGCCGACAAGGGCAACCCUUGUGAUGAGAUCGAAGACGAGUGUGAAAGAUCGGCAAAAUGUAAAGAAUACAACCAAAAAAUGAGUUGCUGUCCACAAUCGGAACAAUCAAAUAAUUGUUCCUGUGAUGAAUACAUGGACGAAUGUGAGGCAGAAAAUCCCUGUUCUAUUGAUCCUUUCAAAUGUGAACCAUGUUCAGCAGAUACUUGUGAUGAUUGUGUUAAAGACCCCUGUUCACCAUGUGGUCAAUGUAUACAGCCCUGUUUUCAGACCCCACGUCUACCCGAUCCCGGACCAGAAGCUUAUGAUGAAUUUGAGGCCUGUCUAAAUGGCAGUGGUCUGGUUAUACGGGUACUCAAAGAUACCCAUCAAGUGGAGAAUAUUUGCGAUGGUACAGAGGAAUUCAACGAUGAUAAUGCCAGUGAUUGUAACGGAAAGGAAAAUAAUCACCUCUCCGAUUGUAGUCUAUCAAACUUAAUGCAACGCAGUAAUUUCGCACGUAAUCAUAUAAAACGUCGUACAGGAGGACAUAUUAUCAAUCAUCCAGAUUUACCAAAAAUUCGUGCAAAUAUUAAAUAUUCGGGUAAUGAUAAUUGUGAUGUGGAAAAUUAUCAUGUACCCUAUUCGAAAAUUAAAUCAUAUUGUGAUAAUCAAAACAAUAAAAUCGAUAACUAUCGUAGUCAUCGUGCAAAACUUAAUCGUUAUGACGAGCCAAAACAUCCGAAGGAUGAGAAAAAUUGCUGCGUUCAAGUUGAUCGUCAAGAUAUUCGAAAUAUUAUGAAGGGUCUGGAAGUUGAUACACGUAAAAAGGGUAUUGAGGUUUGUUACAAAACCUGCGAAGAAACCGAUAGCGAUGUAUUUCUAGUGAAAUUGGGGAGCAAACAAAAAAGUGAACGUAAGAAGAAUAAUAUUGAAAUUGAAUUAAAGACACCAAAAUUGCCAGUUACAUUGCCCAAACAACAUGUAACCACGGAGACACAAAUCAAUGAAAAAGAAUUGGAUGCUGCUCUGGCCGGCGUCUGUAAUGGAAAGAAAGGCAAAGGUGGAAAGGGAAAGAAGAAAAAGAAGUAGUGGUAAUAGAAUGAGAAAAAUUAAAAAAAUUCAUAAUUACUAAAAUAUUGGAAAGUGAAUGUACGAAAUUAUUAUUAUUAUUUCUCAAUUAACAAAAUAUGUAAUUUUUAUAUUUGUAAAUCGCUGAGAGGUGGUGUAUGUAUAAUAUUUCAGAAAUAAAUUUUGUGGGUGUAUGUUUUGGGAUGAGUAAACAUCAAAUUGAA